GCGCUCCUGGCUGCGCUGGUGGACCUGCAGUGCCUGGGCGCGGGGAUCACCUACGUCACUGACUCCUCCUACGUGGUGAGGGGGGUCGGGAAAAUCGUCCAGGGCGUCCUCCCGAGGACGAACAUUGAUUUGUGGCAGAAGAUCAAGAAGGCGCUGCAGGGUGCGCCUCACUUGCUCUCGACUGCCGUGGUGAAGAUCGAGAGCCACUUGGACCAUGAGGUGGCGGAGGCGCGCGGCGUGCCACCGAAUUGGUACGCUGCCAACCAGAUCGCGGCUGAGCUGGCGGGCGACUGGGCGUCGCGGGUCCAGAUGCCUUCCAGCACGGAGCGAUUGGAGAUGGCCGAAGCGAUUGGGUCCACGGUGCGCACGCAUCUCACGAUGGCGUUCCUGAAGGCCUCGGAGGCGGAUCCGCGCCGCAUCAAGCCUACGAGGGCCGGGCACCGCGGCUUCAAGGUGAAGUUGGCGCUGUCGGAGCACGAGCUGAGCGGACGUGUGGGCUCGAGCUUCCACUGCAAGGGGUGCGGCUGCAGCGCGAGCGGCCCGCGGAUGGAGGCUUUUCUUGCCACGCCAUGCCACAAAGGCGUCCUGCAAGGAGUCCAGAUGGUGGGCCAGGGCAAGAUCACCGUGAAGGGGGUGGAAAUCCACUCGUCCCAUUUGCUAGGGUAUUGGCCCGACCUGAAGACCCAUGCUUGCCUGAAGUGUGGACACGUUGGGCGCGUGUUUCUUCGUGGGCUGGCCCAGCCAUGCGGCGAGCACUUGGGCCACUAUGGGGUGCAGACGCUGCGCAAGCUGGCGUGCGGAGUGCUGCCUAAGCAGCUCGCGGCCUCCGCGUGA